CCCCUAUGCCAUCUUCGUUGCUCUUUAAAAACCCCCAUCCAUCCUCGAUCAUACAUUCCCAUGCCAACAAAAUUAUAAGCUACUGAGUGAGCGCCGUACACUUUGAGAUUCAAUUCCGGCCAGCCCCCUUAAUUCACGUUCCAAUACGUACUAUACUAUUCGAGCAACAUCAAACUUAUCCGUCAUACAAUUCAAGGGAUCGGACCCAAAGAUUAUUUUUUAGAUACGUACUAGCAGCGAUGGGGGACACCGCCGCCGGGACAGGACCGAAAACGGAGAACUCCGGCAACAACAAUAAACUCCCGAACUUCCUGCUAUCAGUAAGGCUCAAGUACGUGAAGCUUGGGUACCAUUACUUGAUCAGCAACGCCAUGUACCUGCUCCUGGUCCCGCUGCUCGCCGCCGUUUCCGCCCAUCUCUCCACUCUCUCGGUGGACGACCUGGUGCACCUGUGGCGGCAGCACCUCAAGUUCGAGCUCGUCACGGUGGCCGUCUGCUCGGCUCUCGCCGUCUGCUUGGGGACGCUCUACUUCUCCACCCGGCCGAGGAAGGUGUACUUGGUCGACUUCGCGUGCUACAAGCCCCCGCCCGAGGUCAUGUGCCCCAAGCAACUCUUCAUGGACCGCUCCAAACAGGCCGAUGUUUUCACCGAGGAAAACCUCUCCUUCCAGAAGAAGAUUUUGGAGCGGUCCGGGUUGGGGGAGAAGACCUAUUUCCCGGAGGCCCUUCUCCGCCUGCCCCCCAGUCCCAGCAUGGCGGAGGCCAGGAAGGAGGCGGAGAUGGUGAUGUUCGGCGCCAUUGAUGAGCUGCUGGCUAAAACCGGGGUCAACGCUAAGGAUAUUGGGAUCCUUGUGGUCAACUGCAGCUUGUUCAACCCUACUCCCUCCCUUUCUGCCAUGAUAGUCAACCAUUACAAGCUUAGGGGAAACAUUCAGAGCUAUAACCUGGGUGGCAUGGGCUGUAGUGCUGGGCUCAUUUCUAUACACCUUGCCAAACAGCUCUUACAGGUGCACCCUAACUCGUAUGCCCUAGUAGUGAGCAUGGAAAACAUAACUCUCAACUGGUACUUCGGCAACAACCGAUCCAUGCUUGUCUCCAACUGCAUCUUCCGCAUGGGUGGGGCCGCCAUCCUGCUCUCGAACCGGUCCUCGGACCGGCGGAGGUCCAAGUACCAGCUGGUCCACACCGUCCGCACCCACAAGGGUGCGGACGACCGCAGCUACUCGUGCGUCUUCCAAGAAGAAGACGAGAAGCGAGAGGUGGGGGUGGCGCUCUCGAAAGACCUGAUGGCGGUCGCAGGGGAGGCGCUGAAGACGAACAUCACCACGCUCGGCCCCGCUCGUGCUCCCGAUGUCGGAGCAGCUCCUGUUCUUCGCCACGCUGGUCGCCCGGAAGGUGAUGAAGCUGAAGAUCAAGCCGUACAUCCCGGACUUCAAGAUGGCGUUCGAGCACUUCUGCAUCCACGCGGGAGGGAGAGCGGUGCUGGACGAGCUGGAGAAGAACCUGGACCUGAGCGAGUGGCACAUGGAGCCGUCCCGAAUGACACUUUACCGGUUCGGGAACACGUCCAGCAGUUCGUUGUGGUACGAGCUGGCUUACGCUGAGGCUAAGGGGAGGAUCCGGAAGGGUGACCGGACGUGGCAGAUUGCGUUCGGGUCUGGGUUCAAGUGCAACAGUGCGGUGUGGCGGGCCUUGAGGACCGUUGACCCUUCUAAGCUCAAGAACCCUUGGAUGGACGAGAUUCACGAUUUCCCAGUUCAAGUUCCCAGAGUGGCCACCAUUAACUAAUUAAUUAAUUACUAGUAGUAUAUAUAUUAUGAGCUGAGAUUUCUUCAAUUCUAAUAUUCCAUCAAGAAUGUAUACAUAUAUCCUACAUGCCUGUCUAGCUUGAAUCAAUCAAUUUCUUAUAUAUUCCCUAUAUAUUACGGAGUACUUUGUAUUCAUUAGUCCUAAGGUUAAUUAAUUACUUGGCAUUUAAGAAAAAAGGGGAAUCGAAGAUUGAACCCGUCUGUGUAGCCAACCCGCUACUUGAAUUAUAUUGGAGAAUGCAUGCCAUGGAAGAAAACAAGUUACAUUUCUCUCAAAAAAAAAACAAGUUACAUUCCUUAUACUUAAAGUCUAGCUCUCUCAAUACUAGAUUACUAGCUCUUAUAUUUUUAUCAUUAGGUGCAUAUAUGUACGUAUAUUAUAACAAUGAGAUUCAUAGUUGCUACAAGCUAAGCUAUUCCAUGUUGCUACAACAUGUACGUAUACUCAAAACACUUUGC